GAUAAUAAACAGCUGCGAAUCGCGUUCCUCUCUUCCAACACUCAAACCAAACGGAACCCUCGUGUUUCAAUUGGCCUCGAGCUCCGGCGAUGGCGCCCCGUCUCUUCGCCUGCUUCGGGCGUGGGGCGUCCUCUUCGUCCACCACCACCGACAAACCCGCUUCCUCCCCCGACUUACAUGACACGGCGGACCAGGCUGCCGAGGAGCAGCGUCGGGGAGGUGCGGUGCUGGUGGAGCUCUUCUCCUCCCAGGGCUGCGGCACCUCGACCGACGCUGAGGCCAUCGCUAGUCGCGUGGGCCGUGGGGAUCUAGGCCUCGACGACGUCCCCGUGGUCGUCCUGGCGUGGCAUGUGGAUUAUUGGGAUUACCGAGGUUGGAAGGAUCCGUUCGGAUCGAGCGUUUGGACGGUGAGGCAGAAAGCCUUCGUCGAGUCGUUGCAGCUCGAUACUCUGUACACGCCGCAGGUGGUGAUUCAGGGCCGGACUCAGUGCUUGGGUACCGAUGAGAACUCCAUUGCUGAUGCCGCCCGUGCUGCGCCAAGGUUCCCCUCGCCCGCUAUGAAGGCAACUUUCCAUAAGUCAUCACCGGAUAUGUUGCAGGUGUCCUUCUCAGGCACAUUGGGUUCAAAGGUGGACAGCAAUGGGGCGGAUGUGAUGGUGGUGCUGUACGAGAGUGGAUUGGUGACAAACUGUGAACGAGGUGAGAACAAAGGUCGUGCGCUGAACAAUGACCACGUUGUUAGGCGCUCUGAGAAACUGCUCACUGUUAAGGAUGUCUCAACAAAGAAGAAACUAUCUGGCAGUGUUCAGUUCCCUCUGUGGGAGAGUUUCAACAGAGCCAAAUGUGGCAUUGUGCUCUUUGUUCAGAACCGGUCUUUGCAGACCUUUGGCGUCCAGCACUUCCAAAUCCCAGACACCAUCUGAUUCUUAUGGUUGGUGGGUUGAAAACCGCGCAGCUUUUGAUUAAUACAGUGCUUCUGUAUAGUGAUGUUGUGAUCUGAUGAGUUUACUGGUUCCAGCUUGUUAUUUACUCUUGUUUUAUAUUUUAUAUAUUUUUUCAUUGUUUAUUUUUGUAGCUCGUUACUUCAUUGAUUUUAUCAUUAGAACCGUUUUAUAUGUACGAUGGAGGGAGUUUUGUGGAUUUUCUGUAUUUUGUGGGAAUUGAAAGCCAACGACACUUGGGUAGUUGGGCUUAAUUCUGUUUGUGUUAA